AUGCAUGCUUAUGAUGUGGUGGGCAUCUCGUCUACUGAAAAGUUGGAGAAGGGAAUCAGAAACUCGUACCCUACAUAUGGUUGCUCUUCUGCUGGUUUAAUAGUUGGGAUUGAUCGUGUACUAGUCUUUCUUAAAGGCCAAGAAUUUUGACGUCGUGGUUAA